CCGGUGUCAGGAAGUGAAGCUCUGGCUGUUGACAGCUCGCCGUUAAGAUGGUGUAACCUCCCUGACUGCUGAUGGCGACGCUGUGAAUCGUGCUGCUCUUUGCUCCAGCUUCGUGUGGUCUCGCCGUGACGUUCCCGGCUGUCUGUAAUGGAUAGUGGCGAGGAGGUGCGAGUGGAAACUCCUCCGUACUGCUGCUCCACCUGUGAUGGAGGGGAGGUCGCCCGCCGCAAUCUGGCUCGACGCAACAGGAAGGCCCGCAGCCUGAGCACCUCGUCGGCCAGCAGCUCCUCUGACCACAGGAGAGCUCAGUCACUUCAUGGACCAAGCCCUGUGACUACGUUUGGCCCAAAGGCAUGCAUGCUCCAGAAUCCACACACAGUCAUGCACAUUCAGGACCCCGCCAGCCAGAGACUUACAUGGAACAAGCCACCAAAAAGUGUCCUCGUCAUCAAGAAGAUCCGAGAUGCCAGUCUGCUUCAGCCUUUCAAAGAGCUCUGCAUAUUCCUCACAGAGGUGAAAGACAUGAUUGUUUACGUAGAAAACAAAGUUCUGGAUGACCCGGCCAUUUCAGGAGAUGAAAACUUUGGGGCCAUUACCAAGAAAUUCUGCACUUUUAGUGAGGAUCUUGACGACAUCUCAAACCGUGUAGACUUCAUCAUCUGUCUUGGUGGAGAUGGAACGUUGCUGUAUGCAUCUUCACUUUUCCAGGAGAGUGUUCCACCAGUUAUGGCCUUCCACCUGGGCUCCCUAGGCUUCCUGACACCUUUUAAUUUCGACAGCUACCAGUCUCAGGUCACCCAAAUAAUUGAAGGUAACGCUGCCCUUGUCCUGCGAAGUCGCUUGAAAGUGAAGGUGCUUAAAGAGAACUGGGAGAAGAAGGCCAGAGUGGACGAAAAGGGCAUCAUUCUGACCAAUGGGGAUAUUGAAAGUAGCCGCAAAGCCAUUCAGUAUCAGGUACUAAACGAGGUGGUGGUGGACAGAGGACCUUCCUCCUAUCUCUCCAAUGUCGACCUCUUCUUGGACGGACACCUCAUUACCACAGUGCAGGCAGAUGGUGUGAUAGUAUCUACACCUACAGGAAGUACAGCGUAUGCUGUGGCAGCUGGAGCCUCCAUGAUCCAUCCCAAUGUCCCGGCCAUCAUGAUCACCCCCAUCUGCCCCCACUCGCUCUCCUUCAGACCCAUCGUGGUGCCGGCAGGGGUGGAACUCAAGAUCAUGUUGUCUCGUGAGGCCAGAAACACAGCCUGGGUGUCAUUUGAUGGAAGGAAGAGACAAGAGAUCUGCCAUGGAGACAGUAUUACCAUCACCACUUCCUGCUUCCCUGUUCCUUCCAUCUGUUUCCGGGACCCGGUCAACGACUGGUUUGAGAGCCUGGCACAGUGUUUACACUGGAACGUGAGGAAGAAACAGAACUACCUCAGCUCGGAGGACGAGGAGUUCUGAGGCCUGCUCUGGGAUCUUCAGGGUCUUUUCCAAGGUCUCCAUGACUCCAAAGUCCUGGUCUUAACUCGACCCCGCUCUGUGCCCUUUUAAAAGUCUCACCAAACUCAAUUCAAAUAGAGUCACUACGACGUCGCCCCUCAUUCAAAUUUGUCUGGCAGAAUGAAAGUGUGAGAAAAACAGGAAAACUAUGAAAACCCCAAAGUUUUCAGUGAAAAUCAAUCAAACUAGAUAAAUAAGCCAUUUUAAAAAUAAAUAAUCAUGGUUAAACUGAAAUAAUUCUAGACCAUUACUGUAUUAUCACAUUUUCAGCAUUCUUGUUUGUUUCGCCACGUUAAAUGUCAGUUAUAAUGAAAUGUGUGCUAAUUGCUAUGUUGAAGCUGAGAUCCGAGACUUGUGAUUGGCUGAAACUACAACUCGGUUGUCUUGAAAAGUGACUUUCAAGUGAGUGGCCGAGAACAAAAUUUGAAAAAAAUCUCUGAGCAAAAAUUGAAUAUCAACUUCAUGAGAGUAAAAAAUAUAAAGUAUAAUAUAACAAUUUUUACAAAAACUAUUUCUUGAACGCUUUGGGGCUCCAUAGUAAACAAAUCGUAUCAGUCAAUGUCAGAGACUCAGGAUUGCACAGCCUGAGGUGUAUGUUAGAAAUAUGCAGCGGUAAUGAGGAGUCAAAUUCUCUAAAGGCUCAGGAUCUGAUGUGUGAGCUCAUUAAAAUAGUCUCUUUCUUUGAAUGGAGUUUGGAGUCACUGUCGGUCCAGGAUUGUCCCCAGUCCUGUUUUUGUUUUGAAAAGGUUUUGCCUUUUUUCUAAUGCAACUCGUCAAAAUGCAGUUUUUGGACGAAGUUUUCCCGAAAAGGGUAAAUGUAGGAGUCUGGGAUGAUCUUGGACGGCAGCACACCGGGACAGUUGUGGAUGAGUUACUACGAUGCUCCUGGGGGGCGUUAUCAAGUCUGCUCUUGCACUUUUUAAUCUUUGAGACAGACGACAGGGACAAAGCCACAACAGGAUGUUCUCUCAGUAGAGGUGAAGGACGAGUUUCGCUUUCGUGGAAAAUUCUCUAAAAAGAAUCCGUUAAAACCUGUUCUCUGUUCGUCAAAUCAGGAAAAACUGAAAACUGUUUGUUUCACACAACAUGUAGGUUCAUCCUGAUUCACACAUCUACUUGCCAAUCGUGGCCCAACUGUACAGACUGUGCCUUAAACACUGCUAUCAUUAAUGUAUAGAAAUAUAAUUUUUCAAGGUUUACAUCAUGGUAAUUUUUUAAGAAUCACACGUGCACAGAUUUGUGCAUUUUCUCUCUGAUGCUUCAUGUCGACUUUUGUCCUCGCUGUCUGCAGAAUGUUUUUGUGUCGUCGAGUGUGUUGGACAAAAUGUUGAGUGAGACUCAUUCCAGGCAAAGAGACAAUAGUUCAGGUGUCUCCAGCAUCUUUUUAACAUUUUUAAAAAUGUCUUUUAAAGCCAUAGCUGAUCUCUGUGUAGUUUUUAUAGACUGAUGUCUGUGGGUUGUGGGUGGUGUUGUGUGUUUGUCCAGGGACUGAUCAUAACAGACUUCGGUGCAUCCUUGCUUCUCAGUUUGCUACCUGUCUGCCUCAGCUGAGGUGGCCUACCUUUCGUAUCUUUACAGAUAUCAUGUGUAGAUGUUAAUAUAUAUAUUUACCAGUAUAUAGUCAAUUGGCUCAACAUAAUGUGUUUGGUUAAAAAGAUGAAACUGUGGAGUCGACCUGUUGAAACUAUCCAGCGGACCAAGCGAGCUCUGAAAGGCAAUCAUUCCUUUAACUCCUGUACAUACAGCCAUGUUUCAAUAAGAUGUUUAUUAACCAGUUUACAAUGUGUAUUUGCAGAAAAUAAAUCUAUUUGGAACCUGCUCUUUUUUUUUUUUACUUUAAAAAGCUAUUUAGUUUCUAAUGCUAUGUUGAUGAAGACAAGUUUUGAUUCUAUAACUACAUUUUUCUGCGAUUUGGAAUUGGUCAGAAAAGUACUUGUUGUACCGUCAAGUACUGAGAUAAUCAAAUAAAGCCAAAGUUACUCUAACAGUCUGGUUUUCACAUGAAGUUAAUUUAAUGUGUCAGAGUGGAAACUGCCACACGACCUGGUCUGAUUCCAACGCUGCUCUGAUCUGUUUGGUCCCAGUGGAACUUCUGGUUCUUCUCAGCUCUGGCAACUCUUCUCUGAAAGUUCUUUUCACUUGUGUAACUCUAAGAGCCUCUUUUGUAUCAGUCGCUUUGUGAUUGUUUCUAAUAUGAACUCUGCUAUUUUACUUUACACGGCACUUGAAUAAAACCGAGAGAAAAUUG